AUGGAAAGCUGUAAUCCGGCUUCGACGCCAAUGGAACCAGGAACAAAACUGUCGAAAUUUGAUGGAGGAGAACGUGUCGAAGCAGGAAAAUAUCGAAGUUUGGUAGGAAGUCUUCGCUAUCUCACAUGUACAAGACCAGAUAUCUCAUUGAGUGUAGGCAUUGUAAGUCGAUUCAUGGAGGAGCCAGUUUACACACAUUGGAAGGCAUUGAAGCGAAUUCUGAGGUACAUCCAAGGAACAGUGUCACUUGGGAUGUUUUACUCGAAUUCAGAGAAAUACAAGUUGGUUGGUUACUCUGACAGUGAUUGGUGCGGAGACAUAGAUGAUCGAAAAAGCACUUCUGGAUAUGUGUUUUUCAUGGGAAAUACUGCAUUCACUUGGCUUUCUAAAAAGCAGCCAAUAGUAACACUUUCGACAUGUGAAGCAGAAUAUGUAGCAGCAUCCUGGUGUGUUUGUCAUGCAAUAUGGCUCAGAAGAUUGAUGAGUAAAAUGGAACUAGAACAGAAAGAUGCUACAAUAAUACAAGUUGACAACAGGUCUCAAGGUUCUAGAUAA